UUUGAAAAGUUUUUCAUUUUAUUUUUUACCUCUCGUUUCAUCGAGAUCCACAGGCAAUAACAUGUACUAGUAUAUGCAAAUGGAAAUCGAGUUUUUAGUGUUUUGAAUGAAAUAAAUGGAUAUUAUCCAAAUAAACAUGCCUUUCCAUCAUUAAAGAACUUUAUUUUUAAUUUGACAAUAGAAUGACGUCUUCGUAUUUAAAUGAACUUAGCGGUCAAUCAAAUAGCAUACGCUAUUAAAGUGUGAUUAAUCAAAUCGAUUAGUCGUCAAUAAAUCUUCAAUUAGAAAAAUCAAAAUUUUCAUUGCCAAUAAAUAACGCUUUUUUAUGAUACGUAUACACUUCACUGUAAUACGUUUUAUUUCUUCUGUCAAUAAAAUCGCUUGUAGUUUUAAAUCGUUUUCUCAACGGUUAGAUGCAAGUUUACGUCACGCUGCAUUGUUUUAAAUAUUUCGCACACAAAACUGUCACCUGUCACUUUAACAACGAUAACAAAGCGAAGUGGUUCCAUUUAAACACGUGCAAUAAGUUAAUCCAAUGGUUUGAGAGACAUCAUGGUAAAGGCACUUUCAACGGGAAACGGGGCUUGGGCGGUGAAAAUCUUGGCAUUGAAAAAAGGAAAUGAGCGAUCAGCCGGUGAAAAACCACGCGACCGGACAGUUGAAAUACGAAAAUUGGCACCGUUGACCAACAAUGAGAAACGACGACGCAAAUUGGAUAGUUUUGCCGAAGAAUCAAAGGGCCGAGUAGAGAAAAUAGUGCAAGAUGCCAUCAAAUCGGUGAAAAUGUGGCAACUGGACAUGCUAGCGAGAAUUGAUGUGACACACCAACACAUUUUAAAGAUGCAUAACCUUCAAAAUACAUCCGAUUGUCAUGCCAAAGGAAACACACAAUCAGAAUCUGAGCAGCCAGAGAUCAAUUAUGAAAUUUUCCCAUCAAUGCCAAUUUUGAUCGAUGAAAACUGCAACGAUGUGAACGAAUCACCAUCAAAACCAAUCCAUUCACCCGUUGUCAAGAGACAAAAUGCAGUUAGCCCCAGUUCAUCGGGUGCAUCAUCUCCGGCCAUCAUAUUUCAUGACAUUCCGUUGCGAAAAGACUCACGAUUUAUACACAGAUUUUCGGCCAUUAAACAGCUGAAAUUUGAACAACAAGAUACAGCUCGCACAUCUGAUAUAACAGAAACAGUGGCACAAUGCGAUGUUGCAAACGUCAAACAAAUGCCAAAAAUUGAGACACCAAAGCCGGCGAUCUUCCAAAAGUUCUUUGAAACACAAAAAUUGGUCAUGGAGAAGCAAAAACUUGUACAAAAAGCUGGCUUUGAUGAAGCACCUGACGAUGAAUCAGGAAAGGCCGAUCACGGUAAUGUUUCCUCACACUCCGCAAUUUGUCCGAACCUGUAAAAAUCCCACACUGAAUUUGGGCCAAUUUUCUGACAAUUUUCCUUCGAACCAAAUUGAAAUGACUAAAUACAAAGAAAAGCAAUCGUAAUAUCAUCCCUUGUCAACGAUAUUUAUUCAUUUCUGAACAAUGUAAAAACCAUUUCUCGUUUGAGUAAUAAUUGAAAAUAAAUAUAUAUUUUUGAAAUCUAACCCAAACAGAAAAAGAACUAAGAUUGCUGUGGAUAUUUCCAGUUAUUGAGUGCUUUGUACACAUCGAUUGUGUCUUGAACGAUGUCACUGAGCUUGGGCCGAGUCAAUGUUUUCGGCUGAUAUUCUUCAGUAGCAUCCCCAUCAUUUUCAGUGGUUGUUUCAGAAUCAAUUAGAUCAGUGUCGCCCGGUGCGUCUUCAUCAUGCGUUGGAAUGUCAGUAGUUUGCUCAUUCAUCUGAGGCGGAUCAGCUUGAGUAUCAUCUUUCGUGAAAUAUGUAACAACAUUGGUCGAAACGCCACAGUUAUCAUCGUAUCCAAAUGCACUGACAAACGCUUGUCUCAGAUAACUAAUGACAUCGUUCAUCAGUUCACUUGUGAAAUUCUUGCCCUUGAUACUAUUGAACACCUGUACUUGGGCCUGUUGCACAAAAUCACUCAAACUAAUUUUAUUCUUUGAGCCACUUUCCACUGUUAAACCGUCCAAUUUAAUUUCCAAAUCAUCAAUGCUUUCGAAAAACACACGGAUGGCGAUAUGAUAGGUACAAUUGGGUGUGUGAACGAAUGUGGUUGGUACAUUUAAUUCGAUUCCACCAUCACCGUCAUCAAUCUCGUUAUCUUUUGGACUUGGAAUUGGACGAACGAAUUCAUCGCGAUCGGUGCUCGUUCGAUAAAACUCAGCUUCGAAGGGUAAUUCGUCGCUAAAGUCAUCAUUGUCGAUGUCAUUAUCCGAAAUCUCUUGUUCUGACUGGACCGGCCCCGCUGGCAACGCACCUUAAAUUCAUUAGAAUGAAUGAAAAAAAAACACAGCAAAUAUGUAAAUAAUAUGGAUUCAAUAAAAAAUGCAAAUAUUUUUGAAGAAAA